AGCAUCUAAGAGAGUUUUGUUCUUUCUCUUUUUUCCUCUCCCGCAAGUCUUCCAGCGGUGCGCCUGUUUUGCCUGCUCGGCAGUGUUCCUGGAGCUGCAGCCUGGUUUCAGUCCCGACACUUUGAGGAUGAUGCAAAACCCAUUCUGCCGGUGGGUGGGUCUGUUCACCAGUAUAUGCCAGAGCAAGGGUCAGAGGAAUUCUGACAACUGCUUGUGUAAAACCAGUUGCAUGCAGUAGUGCACCUGGUAUGCCUUCUGGGACAUUGAGGUGAUCACGGAAGAAGCAAGCAAAAAAUAAUGGAGAAAGUAGCCAGACUAUCAGGGGAGUCCUUUCAAGGAAUCCAGCACUCCCCUGCUCCUCCUGACAAGGCAAGCUCCACAUCCAUCUCACAUGUCCAGUGCUGCCACACAGCUAAUAAAGAUUCCUGUAGCUCUCUGCUGCCAGGAUGCCCAAUAACACACUGUCCUGUUUGUGCUUGGAGCCCAGGUCCCUUUGGCAUGCCCUUGAUACUCUCUGCCAAAAGGAAUUUCAUUGGUUUGUCCUCAGAGGCUUCCCGUGUCCUGAGGGGAGCUCGUGUGUUGGCAAGGAGAGAAACUGAUGGCUAUUACUACCUGGGCCACAUUGUCCAGGAGGUGAAGGGCUCCAGGGAAGGCUUUUUAAUUGAGUUUGACCAAAGUCACGCUCUGAAGGGCAAGGUCCAGCAUGGCCAGCAGGAAACGCCUGUCUAUGACAUUCUCCACUACGAAGACGCCCGGCGACAGCCUCUUGCUCCAGGGGACAGGGUCUUGGCACCAUGGGAGGCUCCAGCCAAACGUUUUGGCCCUGGCACUGUGCUCAGGGUUGUGGAGAACACAAAGGCACCUUUAGCACACAAUGAAAGGGGAGUGCUUGUGAAUUUCUGGAAUGGGCAGACUAAGGAGGUGUCUUCUGUCCAAGCUCUGCGGAUUCCCCUGCCCCUAAGCGAACGCAUCAUCCUGGAGCUGCAGAUGCCUUUAGCAGCCAGGCAGAUGGUGGUAGAUUCAAGCUUGGAUUACCCAUAUCUUGUGGCACCAGGAUACAGAGCCUCAGGGCACCACAGACAGGGUCACCUGGUCCUGGAUUGCUGCCCAGGGGCUCUGUGUUCCACACAUCCCUGUGCAAACUGCAGCUGGGGGUGUACCUCCCUUCCUCAGUGCUGCCUUGGAGCCUGGGAUCCCACACGGCUUGCAGAGGGCAAAGUGCAGCAGGAAAAUGCCUUCAUCCCACGGGCAAGCUUGGCUGAAGAAAACCUCAGCAAGAAAAUAGAACAGGAACUGUCUGAAUUGAGGAUUGCAUCUUCAGAAAGUGUUUCCAGAGAGGAAGAGAAAAAGGAAGAGAAGAGAUUGGAGAUGGAAGACAUUCCAAAAUAUGUUAGGUGUUGUUUGGAAGAGGACCAUGAGGUUAUAGAAACUGAGAAGGGCCCUCAAAGGGAGAUGGCUCAUGCUGUGGUUGAUGCUGCUGUCAACACAGACAGCUGGUUAAUGGAGACAGAUCACAAAGAAGAAGCAGAGAGCGGACAGCAGGAUGCUGAAACUGAAGCUAAUUUUGAACAUGAGCAUGGCCUUUUUGAGUCCAGAGUGGCAGAAGCUCCAAUCCAGCAUUCCCAGGGGAGCCCUUCCCUGGGAAGCAGUGCUUUGCUUCCCUUCAGGCGCCAGAGCUUCUUUGCCCAAGUGAAUCAAUCGCUGGAGAAAGACAGCCUGACCAUUAGAUCAGCCCUUUGUGUGCAGAGACCACACAGUGCCACCAACCUGCUGGCUGGGAGAUCCACACAUCCCCCAAAUCUUCUAAAAGACAAAAGCAUCACGAAUAAAUCAAUCCUUAGUGGUGCAUCUCAGCAGAGGUGGAAAAAGCUGGACUUCAGCAGAGCCAAGAUUGAGCACAAAAGGUGGCAAGAGGAACAGAGGCAGCUGAAGAGGGAGCAGCAGCAAGAGGCAGAUGACACCCGACGCCAGCUGCGCCGGGACAGCCAGAGGCAACAAUUGCGUCAGAGAACAUUGCAAGUGCUGGAGAAACAGCUGGAGCACAAAGAGAGAGCUUUGCAGCACAUGGCACUGCUCCAGGCUGCUGGGGCUGAGAGGAGCAGGAAGGAAUCCUUUCAAGAGGAGGAGAGGAAGGCAAGGCAGAGGCUUCAGUUCUUAAAGACACAGCAUUUGAAGAGAGAGGAGUUGCAGGCAGAAAGCAACAAAAGGAGCUGUGAGAAAGAGAAAGAAAGGCUGGAGUUCCUGCGGAGCAGAAUGCACUCCCGGCAGGAAGCGCUAGAACAAGAACCCCAGGGGCAGGACAAACAGCAAAACCAGCACCAGGCUGCCAAAAUGAGAGUGUUCCAGAGGAGAGAGGGUUCUCAUCUGAAGAUGGAAAAAGAAGGCAAAAAACUCCGUGCUCUCCAGCAGUACCUCAGGGAACAGAACCUUCUGCUGCUCCGGGCAUCCCUGCUUGCGUAAGGAAGCUGCACAGUGGGUCAGGAGCAGGGCCUGGAGCAGUUCACAGGCCUGCUGUGUCUUGUCAGCUGUGAGUCAGUGUGCCAGAGCAGAGUUGUGACAGGUGGCAGUAGGAUUCCUGGAGACGUGUUUCAUCUCCCUUUCACUGCAGCCAGAGUGCGCUUCCGCUGCUCUGUCCUUUUCCUGCCUUUCUUCCUGGGGUCACUGGCCUCCCGCUCCCCCGAGAGGGAGCAGCAGGGCACAUCUAGAGGCCCUUUGCUCCAUCAGAAAGGAGGGGUUUUCCAGUGCAUUGCACUAUGGUGAGUGGAGUGCCAAAGAAGAGGAGAAGGAGGAGGUUAAGCUUGUCACAUCCUGAAGUGCUCCCUCACAUCAUCCGAGGUACAAAAUUCCCUGUGACUGUGCCAGAGGGAAUGUGCUGAUCGCCUCUGGGUAACCAGAAAUUUCAGAUGGGUAUUUAGGAAAGGAGAAUGGACAUGGCACAAUUUAUCUGCUGAAACAGUCAGAGCUAUGUGAAAUAUCUUUAUUUUACACAGAAUUAUGCUAAAAUGAAUACAAUGUGUGAUACCUUGUUUCAAAUAAUGCCUAGAACCAAACUAGAUAUAAAAUUUAGAUUUGGCCUGACAUUCUGUGUACACUUAGAAACAUGAUACACAUUUUCUGGAACAUUAUAAAAAUUUAUGCCUCUUACUAGAAUACAGCACCAGUUACAAUGGCAGUGUCUUAAAAAAAAAUAAAAGUAAAAUUAAGAAAACUUAAAGGGAGCUCCUUUGAAAUCCUGCCAAAUCUUCUGAAUGGCCAGCGGUUUCCUAGCAGUGUCAGACUGCAUUCCUCCACGGAUAAUGGAGAGGCUAUGCCUUCAGCUUUUUCCUAAAAAGACAAAGUUAAGUCUCUCAUCCAGAUGUUUACAAACUUCUCUGAGGUCUUAACAGCUAAAAUGGGUAUUUUUAAACUUUAGGAUCCAAAAUGUGCAUGAGCCAUCCUCAGAUUUUUGCUUAAAAAAAAAAAAAAAAAAGAGGGAAGAGGAUAGAUGAACUUAAAUAGGUGAAGGCUUUCACAAACAAAAUGUCAAAGUUAAGGUCUGAAAAAAAAUACAACUUGCUUCAUAUCAUGGAAACUACAUGUGAGGCACAGUUUUACAUUUUAGAUGUGAAAUCCCAUCAUUUGGAACAGUUUCCACUCUGUUGAGAGUCUGGAAAAGUUGGCUGGAAUUUGCUCAGCAAGAACAUAGAUGAUUGUGCCCCAGGCCUGGCACACACCCUGCUGACAGGGAACACGGAUGCUGCUGGCACAUGGAGAUUUUCUUUAGGGCAGUGUUUGGGGGGUGCUUGCUUCUCCUCUUGUUGGAGUUCUCUUUUACAUAAAAUCAUGUGCUAGUUAGGACAAAUCUCUGCCUGCUUAUGACUCUAACUAGACUUAAAGAAAAAAGCCUAAAACUUACAAGGUGUAAAACUCUACUCCUGCUUUUAUCCUUUUGUACUUGGAAAUGGAAUAUGCAGUGAUUAAAGGGAAGUACAUGAAAUGUACUGAGCUGAAUUUAAACUUA